CGGAGGGCGGGCCUUCCCCGAAGAUUUAAUUCAGGCCGAUAAUUUUGUAUUGAACACCUACUGUGAAUCAGGCACUGAAUAUACUAAGCGUUGGAGAAACAGGUGAUUGAAGCCGGGGUCGAGUCAUUCCGUGUGUAUCUAGUGUAGUGUAGCCCUUGCCCUGGCUCCGGAGGGCGGGUCGUCUCAUCCUAAAUGUGUACAUUUCUGGAGACUCGGACAUGUGAAGGGCUGCAGGGAUAAUUCUGUCCUACAGUCUCUCCGGAGUGCAGCUCCCUUGGUUAUAUGGCCACGUUUUCUCGGCCUCUAAAACCUUCCCUGACCAUAUAAGGAGAGGCAGCUGCUGGGGGCGUCACCGAGGAUCUAAAGAUAGCGACCCCUGCCUCGGAUGCCAAACGCCACUGGGCAGCGGGAGCCACCAUGGCACGGCAGCAGGCCCGGACCCUGUGGUAUGACAGGCCCAAGUAUGUGUUCAUGGAGUUUUGUGUCGAGGACAGCACUGACGUCCAUGUGCUCAUAGAAGACCACCGCAUUGUGUUCAGCUGCAGGAAUGCUGAUGGAGUGGAGUUGUACAAUGAGAUUGAGUUCUAUGCCAAGGUGAACUCCAAGGACUCUCAGGAUAAGCGCUCUGGCCGCUCCAUUACCUGCUUUGUGAGGAAAUGGAAGGAGAAAGUGGCCUGGCCCCGGCUCACCAAGGAGGAUAUCAAGCCAGCGUGGUUGUCUGUGGACUUCGAUAACUGGAGAGACUGGGAAGGAGAUGAAGAGGUGGAGCUGGCUCAGGUGGAACAUUACGCAGAGCUUCUGAGCAAGGUCCAAGCCAAGAGACCUCCCCCUGCCAUGGAUGAUCUGGAUGAUGAUUCUGACAGUGCCGAUGCAACAAGUAAUUAAAUUCUGCGCAGCAGAGCUGGGGAGGAUGUUGCGGCCAUCUUCCAGUCAUUCUGACAAGCUGGAGCCUGGGCCUUGGUCCAGCUCUUUGGCUGUGCACCAGGGUCCUCUGGGAUCUCAGAUCUUUCCUAGAAGCUCUUCAUUAAGGGUCCUCCUAUUUAUUUUCCCUAGGCACUUGACUAUGGCUGCUGUAUCUGAUGGCAGAAUAGCAAAGGAGUAGACUGGUGGCACUUCUGACUUCCUACCCAUUGGCUGUGAUCUCUGUGAUCACUCAGCAGGGCUCUCUUGAGUAUGUGAGCGUGUUCAUGUACGUGGUAGAGCAGAAGCCAAAGGGGCAGCAGAUGGUUUAUGAUAAAUCCCUAGGAACUGGUCUGUUUCUUUCCUGCUUGUACUUCUACCUCCUGGGGGCAAGCCUCUUCUCCCUCUGCAGUUCCUCUCUAAGGGAGGGGUGGGUGUCAGAGAUCCUGGCCCUCACUGUUGAGACUGGAAGAAAGAUGGUGGAGGCAGGCUGUAACCAAGGGGUGGGGGUGGGGGGUGGGGACUUCCUGUUGCACAGAUCUAUGCUCUGGUUUCUCAGCAGAAACCAGCUUUUCACUAUAAGGCUUAUACCACCGCCACCCCUAGAACCAGCCAGAAAUGCACCUCAGCUUCCUGCAUACUCUAGAAAUCUCUUUAUGUUUUUAUUUACUUUAUUUACUCUUUAGAGAGAGGAGAUGGGAGGGAGAAAGAGAGGGAGAGAAACAGUGUGUGAGAGAAACAUUGAUGGUUGCCCCUCACAUGCCCUGGCACCUGGCCCACGACCCAGGCACGUGCCCUGACCAGGAAUCAAACCUGUGACCUUUCUGUUCGCAGUCCAGUACUCAACCCACUGAGCCACACCAGCCAGAAAUCUUCAUACUUUUAAGGCUGACAUUAGUUCUUAAACAUGAAAUAAAGCUGCUAAUGUACAGUUGUAUUUGUAUUAUAUUGUACAAUUUACUAUUUAGUAUCAUUAAAAUUUUUGAAUUUCAUAUCAACUGUUUAACAUAAUUAGGUCUUUUCUUUAUAGGUGAUCAAAGAGGUCACAGUAAGUGGCAAAGUUGGGACUUGAAUUUGUACAGCACAUCCCCCAUCUGCGAUGCUGAAAACUGAAAAGUUCUGAAAACUGACCAAGAAAAGACACCAAACUUAUUUGGCAGCAAAACAUGACCUAAAAUUAUGCAAGGCUAUUUAUAGUCUGUUUAUUCCAUUUAGUGUAUUCCUCAGCAUAAAUAUCAAUGAGUUUGAUUACAUGAUUUUGCUCCAGAGUUCCAAAUGGAGUGUCAGGUACACAUGGAGUGUGCUCUCUCCAUUACCACCUAAAAAUUCUAAAUUCUGAAAAAUUCUAGAAUCUGAAACAUCUUUAGGCUUUUUAUUAGUUGGUUUGAAAGAGCAGAAAGUUGAUUUUAACUUUUAAAUGGUUUAAAGUUUUGACGUAUUGAUUGCAGCUUGUUAACUUCUUUAUCUACACUGUCCAGUUAGAUAGCACUAGUCACACGUUGUACUUGAAAUGUGGCCAGUUUGAACUGAGAUGUGAGUGUAAAAUACACACCCGGUUUUGAAAAAUUUGUAUGGGGAAAAAAACAUUUUAUAUACCUACUACAUGAUGAAAACUCUUCUGGA